AAUGUAUCAUAUGCUUAUGUGUUUUUCUAAAGCACAUCUGUAGAAACAUAUUGUCCAUAUGCAUGAAAUUAGGAUAUAACUGUCUGUCAUGGCGGCUAGGCUGCAAACGCCACUUUAAAGUUAUAUCAUAUUUAUUUUCGGCAUGCCGUCCAAUUAAUUAAAACUAUAACAUACGCUUUGUUAUGUAUAAAUAUGAUGUAAUUAUCGACUACAGAUCAAUGUAAAAAUUAUGAACGACGGUGAAAAAAUACUUCCACGGAGUCUGCUGAUUACGGCUGUAGUGGCUGGAAUUAUAUUAGGACAACAUGUCGUAAUUUCCGACAGAGUGGAAGACGAAAAUUCACUUCAAACAACGACUGAGCAGUUACUACAGGAAUUGAAACAAGAACGAUCACUAAUGUCAGACCUGAGUGUAGAAGCUGAGCUCGAAAAGAAAGAGAAGAAGAAUGCUCAAAAACGACUGAGUGUUAUCAUGUCAAGUCGUUUAAGAGAUCUGAGCGAUCACAACCGUUCAAUGGAAGUAGGAGAGCAGUUUUCAGAAAUUUAUGAUAAUGAAUGGUCAGAUGCAUACGAUGUUUUCAAAAAAGACUUUGAAGAGAAUGAACCUAAGAUUAUUGCCUUCCUGUCGAGUAUUUUAAAGCAAUGUGUUAAGGUGUCCCAAGACAAAGCAAGGAAACAAAUGGAACGUCUGCAAAAAGAUGUAACAAAUCUUAAAGCUUUGAUAACAAAGAAACGUACCAAACUACCAAAUGACUUGACGCAACGUAUUAAAGAAAAAAGAAAAUAUAGUGCCGCCGAUGAAUCACCAGGAUAUGCAAACAUAUUACCUCAACUGAAGAAAUUCUUACCAUCAAAUGUCCGUGACAAGACAGGUUUUUUUUAGAACAAUCGGCACUAAAAGGCUUUAUAAAGGAGUGUUCGAGAGUGUCUUAGCUUAUGGUUAUACAAGACCCUCCGAUGGCAAUGGAACGAAAACCUAGAGCAGUUGCAAAUGAAACCUUUAAUGUUUACAAACACGAAGGCAAUCAUGUUGCUUUUGUUGUAUGGCCUGCUUUGCAUCUUGAAAAAGACGGUCCCCUGAUAUCGAAAAGAGUUGCCGACUUUGGAAAAUAAGUUGUGAGUUGUUCCUGUGUUUGAAGAUAAGCAUUGAUGAAUGUGAAGGUUGAUGAAUGUGAACAAUGAUAUAAUAAUUUAGUUGAUAAAAAGUGCAGUGAACAUGAUGUUUAAAAUUAAUUUACUUAGUGUAGGCUAUAAGCCAGAUGAUUGUGCACUUUUUAGAAGAGUUUUAAAUUUGUAUGAUUCUUGCGUAUUGUAUCAUAAUAUUACAGUUUUGAUGUAGAACCCAUCGCUGCAUGAAGUAUUUUACAAAAUAUAGGCCGAUUUUUAGGAAACUUUACCAGUGGAGAUUUUCAUUGUACUUUUCAUAACUUUUUUAUUUUUUGCUCAAUUCCAAAAAUAUCUUGUACAAAUAUUUGUCUUUUAAAUGCCGACGCGACACAUAUAUUUGUUUGGUGUUUGUUGCAAAAUUAUUGGAGCGUGUCGAACUAUAUUGAUUUAAGCAUUCUGCAUGUACAAGAUGUAUAUAUUGACUUAUUUUGUAAAUAAAUCAUGUAAAGAUUAAGGUUGGAGCCGUGCCAACUAGAAUUAACAUAAAAGUGGAUAAAAUGUCAAUGUACGCAUAAGUAGAUUGAUCUGAAACUUUUUAGUUAACAAUUUCAUUGCAAUGUUCAUACAAUGUUCAGAAUCUUAUGACAAAAACAAUAGGACCGUGACAAAUAGUAUUUAUUGCAAGUAUGCACGUAUUAUAAAAUGUACUUAAACUUGAAUGUCUGUGGAUGAUUUAGAGCUACGUAACGUUAUACUUUUUUAUGUUUGUGUAGAACCUGCAGGGUAGAAUUUAAGUGAAUGUACGUACCUGCUGAAGUCUUCCUACGCAAUAUUAUCGUUUUAUCAAGUAUCUCAGUCACGUCACCAUGGCUUCACUGCAUUAUGGAAAACCCAAUAUUUUGUUUUUUUUACUGAUUGUCUAUAGAUAGACUUUCAAGACGAGGGUUAUCUCGCAAGAAAUGUAACACUAGACAUGCUGACAAGAAAAUACUUUGCAUUGUAAUUUUACAUUGAAAAUAGUAGCGGAGACAUUCAGUACAUUGUAACCUAUAAAGAAAAAAUUAAACCGUUGCCAUUUCUUACAGGUACGAAGAUAGUUAUUAGCUAGAUAUGUCCCUGAAGAGCCGUGAUAUUUUUUUCCAAUUUCAUUCUAGAAUAUUUCUGUAAAAAUGUUACCAUUUUUCCAUCUAGCAGGAAACUUUGAUAAAGAAUUGAUAAGUAAGUUUGAGCAACCGGAUGACGUUACAUCAUUAUCGUUAUUAUUGUACCACAUAUAUAUAGCGCCCUUUCCAUGAUAAACAUGCAAAGACGCUUUACAUAGCGCAAACGAAGCCUAGCAGGGCGCGAAAUUAAUCG